AUGAACACAAAUGAAGACGUUGUAAUGAAUAGUAUCAACCAAACAUUGAUGACCCACUCAGAAGCUUUCGGAAUCAUCUUUAAACAUAUUGAGAAUUUCUCAAAAACAUUGGACGGAUUAUCUAACCACAUCAAUAAUCGGAAACAAAAGGUAAAGUCAGUUAAAUUAGUCUCCGACAGCAACCAACCAAUUAAACCUAAACAACCUCUUCCUCCAAAAACAACACUCAUAGAACAAACUCCAUCCCCUGCACAUCCUUAUCGAACUGAUGGACCAUCAAACCAAAUAUCUAAAAUCAAAAAUAUUACACAUCCAACAAACAAAUCGAAAAUCAACAAUCAAAAUAAGACAACAAACUUCAUCACCAACACAAACCUCACCAAACCAAUUGAAACAAGCACAAACCUCAUCAAACCAAUUGAAACAACUUCAAAGCCCCAAAGUCAACCCCAGAUUCAAUCUAAGAGCCCACCUAUCAACACCAGCUUCAACCUGAAUGAAUCGCAAUCGUCAUACUUGCAAAUAGCCAAGACAGCCAAGAACAUUACAUUUGAUCCAACAAAAAAAACUCCGCAAAUCAAAUCCUACAAUACAACAACAACCAUGUACCCUCCUGCUAAAAGAGCUAAAACAAUUAACUAUUCUCACUGUGUAUCUAUUUACCUCAGUAAGCAUAUCGACUCAGACAUCACUGAAUUUAUUACAGAUGCAGUCAAAGAAAAACUUACAUCAUGGUACAUACCUAACGACAAGACGCACGUACUCCAACUUGUCUGUAACAAUCAUGAAGAUUAUGUAUCAACCUUGGGAAUUUUAAACUCACAAUCAACAAGAGACUCCAGUCCACUCAAAUACGUUGUGACUCCUAUGAAUUUCUCACCAGCUGAACACACCCUCAAAUAUCAUACUUCAUCAUAUGACGAGAUGAUGAAGUAUACUACACACAUUAUCAAAAAUUUUUGGAAAAGAACUAAUGGAGUUAAAGAAACUAAUACCAGUUAUGACAGAGUCCAAAAGCUUUAUAAAAUCAGAAUAGCAGUUGAAUCUCUUGAAGAUAAAGAAUAUUUUAUGGCAAGGAAAUAUUCUGAAUACCGAUCCAUUGACCAGAUCAUAACAGAAUCUAAGCUUAACUGCUCUUGCAAUUUUUCAUCCCUCUACACAGAGAAAGAUAUCAAAACUGCGAUACAAAAGAUGGUGGAAAAAAGCAACUGUGUCUUCCAAUCAAACCACUUAGAGAUUAUUAACAAACCUAGCCCAUAUCGCCCUGGAGAGCAUUAUUAUAUAGCCAAUUACAAAGCAACUAAUGUUGCAGAAUUGGAAAAAAUUACAAAAUUCCCAACAAGUAUCACUCCACCAAAUGGCACAAAACCAACCUCAAAAAAACUCAUAUCUACAACCAAAUAUUUGGUAGAAAAAUUCAAAAAACAACAAGAAAACGAAGUGACUGGUGCAACCAAUAAUUUCCAAUUCAAUAAUGACCUCUCAGCAUUAGAAAAGAAUCACAAAUCACUUCAAGUAGAAUGUACUGAAAACUCAAUCAAACUGGAAUCACAUUCUAAACAAAUACAAAACAUCACCAAUACACUAACAGACCACACAAAAUCCAUACAGACCAUUUUUGAAAAACUCAACGAAAUAGCUUCCAAAAUGGAAAAUAUUGAAUUACAUUUGACAAAACCGUACCAUCAAUUAAUUCAUGAAUCCAAGGAUGAUGUAGAAGAUGAAGAUGAUGAAUCUUAUCACCCAAAACCAAAUGAAAAUAGUGAUGAUGAAAUGGAAUAUGACGAAGAAGAAGAUAUAGUAGAACCUAGAAGAGGUGAUAAACCUCUUGGAAAUAAGAACAAUUAA